AUGAACAUUUUUCAUGUGGGUGAUCAAGAUUCUCAAGGUCCAGUUGCCUAUGAUAAUGGUGUCACUUAUCUAAUGAUUGCUUGGAGACAGAACUGCUGCAAAAAUUGUGCCAAUGUUUGCUCAGACGUGUUCAUGAUAGGGGAGGAUUUUGGUAGAGCUAGAGCAUGUAAUCAGCAAGGAAGCACCGACUUAGUUCAACAAGCUAUUGAUAGCUGCCCUAUUGAUUGCAUCCAUUGGACUUCUGCUGCACAAGUAUCUUUGCUUGAAGAUGAAAUGUGGAGGGUAGAAAGAGUCGAUGGAUGGGUUCAUCUGCAGAUGUUUUUAGAUUGGCAAGCAGUGAUGGGAAAAGAGAAAAAACAAAGUUCUGGAGGACUGAUUGAGGAGCUGGAUGCAGCAAGGCAAAGACUUGUUAAUGAAGUCAAUAAUCCUCCAAGAGGCAAAAGUUUAGUUGAUGAUGAACAUUUUUCAUGUGAACAAGAACAGGAGUUACACCCUCUUUAG